CAAGUCUUUGAUUGAGGUGAACGGUUUUUUUCGGUUCCAUUUUCUGUAACAGUGGGAACAGUAUCCAGUCCACGUGAUUUCGACGCUGAAGUUCGAUAAUAUACGGACAUCUGAGAGCACGCCAUUGCUGGCAGACCCCACGAUGACUGAAUCACACAUGGGAAUAUCCCAGCAAACGCUGGUAUCGCGAGGAGGUGAGACCUCCGCGCGAAAGCUGCCGCAAUACAUAGCAGGAAUGGCAGCGACCCUGGGAGCCCUGGCCGCCGGUAUGGUUCUCGCCUGGUCCUCGCCGGCCGGCAAGAACGGCGUGAACCUAGCGAAAGAGUACAACAUCAAGAUCGACGAAGACGACUUCUCAUGGAUCGGCUCGAUCUUCAACCUCGGAGCUGCCACAAUCUGCGUGCCCAUCGGAAUCCUGACGGACAUCAUCGGCAGGAAGAAAUCGAUGCUUGUGCUGGUGGUUCCCUUCACAAUCGGCUGGGCGCUGAUACUUUGGUCCAACUCAGUGGGCAUGUUCGAGGCUGGCCGUUACAUUCUCGGUAUCAGCGGUGGUGCCUUCUGCGUGACAGCUCCCAUGUACACAGCGGAGAUAGCGGAGAGCUCAAUAAGAGGAAGUCUGGGCUCGUACUUCCAGCUGAUGCUGUGUAUCGGUAUCCUCCUCACUUACGUCCUCGGCUCGGUCGUCUCGAUGUUCACGCUGUCCCUGAUCGCCGCGAUUGUUCCCCUCGUCUUCUUCGUGGUCUUCUUCUUCAUGCCGGAGACGCCGACCUACUACCUCAAGAAGGGAGACGUCGACGCGGCGAGAGAGAGUUACCGCUGGCUUCGCGGACCUGAUUACAACAUCGAAGGUGAGCUGACAGCCCAGAGGGAAGCCCUCGCCGAAGCUGAUCGCAACCAGACUUCCUUCCUGACAGCGAUGCGGUCUAAGGCCGCGAUCAGGGGCCUCAUCAUCGCGUUCGGACUCAUGUUCUUCCAACAGCUGAGCGGAGUCAACGCGAUCAUCUUCUACUCUGGGUCGAUCUUCGAGGCAGCCGGCAGCACUAUGGACUCCAAUAUCUCUACGAUCGUGGUUGGAGUCAUGCAGGUUAUUGCGGUGUUCGUCAGCACUCUGGUGGUUGAUAAAUUGGGCAGAAGGCUGCUGCUUCUUGUUUCUGUCGCCGCCAUGGCUGUUUCGGCGCUCGUCCUCGGUGUCUACUUCAAUCUGAAGAAGAACGAUAAUCCCGUUACUGAGGACAUCGGCUGGCUGCCUCUCCUCGCUGUCUGCGUCUUCAUUAUUCUGUUCUCGCUUGGGUUCGGGCCCAUCCCCUGGAUGAUGAUAGGGGAGAUCUUCGCACCGCAGGUCAAGGGAAUUGCCGGCAGCAGCGCUUGUCUAUUCAACUGGCUCAUGGCGUUCGUCGUUACUAGGUUCUACAGUCCUGUUGACGCGGCUCUGGGGAGCGAUUGGACCUUCUGGAUUUUUGCCAUUAUCUGCGCUGUGGGGGUUGCGUUCGUGCUGUUGGUCGUGCCCGAGACCAAGGGAAAAAGUCUGGAGGAGAUUCAGGUGGAACUGGGGGGUGGCAGACCCUCAGUCGCGCGAUCAAAUUACUCUGAUAAAGUGUGAAAAGGUGCAGGAUUUAUUUAUAAUCGUAUGUAUUGGUAAUACUGUGUCAAACGAUUGUUGUAAUAGAAAGUAUCCAUUUUCAUUUGUUCGUCAUUAUUUUACAAGACUGAUUCUUUGUACCAUAUCGUAUACUCGGCGACGAGAUUUAAUUAAGGUAUUAUUUAUGGCACGAUGUAUGACUAAUGAAAGUUUAUCAAAUGUAUAUAAAUUAUAUUUGGAGAUAAAA